CUUCCCCAUCCCACCCACUCUUUGGGUGAAGAAGACUAGAGUUUCCCCAGACACUCUUGCCUGUUUGACUACCUUCAGCUCCCGUUCGACACUUGGAGCAGCGUUUCCCCAGAUUUGACUUAUUCUUCAUUAGGCAGACAAAGCAAAUUGCGCUAAAAUGAUUCCAAACGGUUACCUGAUCUUUGAGGACGAGAGUUUCCUGGAUUCCACUGUGGCCAAAAUGAAUGCCCUGAGAAAGAGUGGGCAGUUCUGCGACGUUAGACUGCAGGUAUGUGGCCACGAGUUGAUGGCCCAUCGUGCUGUCCUGGCUUGCUGCAGUCCAUACCUGUUUGAAAUCUUCAACAGUGACAUUGAACCUCAUGGAGUGUCUCAUGUCACUUUUGAGGACUUGGACCCAGAGGCUGUGGAGAUCCUGCUUAACUAUGCCUACACUGCCCAGCUCAAGGCAGAUAAGGAGCUAGUCAAGGACGUCUACUCUGCUGCCAAAAGGUUCAAGAUGGAGCGAGUCAAGCAGAUUUGCGGCGACUACCUGCUGUCUAAAAUGGAUUCCCAGAACGCCAUUUCUUUUCGGAACUUUGCCAGCUCAAUGGGAGAUGCCAGAGUUUUGGCCAAAGUGGAUGCCUACAUCCAAGACCAUCUACUGGAAGUGUCUGAACAGGAUGACUUUCUCAAACUUCCCCGCCUCAAGUUAGAAGUGAUGCUAGAAGACAACCUGACUCUGCCCAGCAAUGGCAAGCUUUACUCCAAGGUGCUCACCUGGGUGCAGCGUAGCCUUUGGGAGAAUGGAGAGCAACUGGAACAACUCAUGGAGGAGGUGCAAAUGCUGUACUACUCAUCUGACCACAAGCUGGUGGAUGGAGGGCUGGUGAUUGAGGGGCAUACUGAGGUGUUUGGUGGCGAGGAGGACCACCUUCAGUUUGUGCAGAAGAAGCCGGUCAGAGAGAGCACCCAGAGACCAAUGAGCGCCAGUUCCUCGGGAAGCCUGUCACCCUCCAACCAAGCAGCAAAUGCCCCCAAACAAACCACCGUGAGAGAGUGGAAGUAUAUCGCCUCUGAGAAGACAACAAACAACAUCUACUUGUGUCUGGCUGUGCUGGACGGGGUGUUGUGUGUGAUCUUCUUGCACGGCCGCAGCAGCCCCCAGACGUCUCCCACUGCCACCCCCUGCCUGUUGAAGAGCCUCAGCUUUGAGGCCCAACCCGAGGAGCUGGAGGAGCACCAACUACCCCCCAUGAGUUACGCCCGCUCUGGACUGGGCACGGCCGCCAUCAACUCGAGGCUUAUUGCAGCAGGGGGCUACAACAGAGAGGAAUGUCUGAGGACUGUAGAGUGUUACGACCCCAAAGAGGACCGCUGGACCUUCAUUGCGCCCAUGCGAACUCCAAGGGCUCGUUUCCAAAUGGCUGCGCUAAUGGGACGGCUCUACGUUAUCGGAGGUUCAAAUGGACAUUCUGACGAGCUGAGCUGUGGGGAGAUGUACGAUCCAGUCGCUGAUGAGUGGGUUCAGGUGCCUGAGCUCAGGACCAACCGCUGCAAUGCAGGUGUCUGCUCCUUGAACAACAAACUCUACGUCGUGGGAGGGUCAGACCCCUGUGGGCAGAAAGGACUGAAGAACUGUGAUGCCUUUGACCCAGUCACCAAAACUUGGGCUAGUUGCGCUCCCCUCAACAUGAGACGGCACCAGGCUGCAGUGUGCGAGUUGGAUGGUUUUAUGUACGUGAUCGGAGGUGCCGAGUCCUGGAACUGUCUGAACACCGUGGAACGCUACAACCCUCUGAACAACACCUGGGGCCUGAUAGCACCCAUGAAUGUGGCCCGCAGGGGGGCUGGCGUGGCCGUCUGUGAUGGCAAACUCUUUGUCGUCGGCGGCUUCGACGGCUCCCACGCGCUCCGCUGCGUGGAGGUCUACGACCCAGCACGGAAUGAGUGGAGGAUGCUAGGCAGCAUGACUACAUCCCGCAGCAAUCCGGGCGUGGUCAUGCUGGGCGACAGCAUCUACGCCGUGGGCGGCUUUGACGGCAACAACUUCCUGAACACAAUGGAGGUGUACAACCCAGAGGCGGACGAGUGGAGCGACUGCAUCAAGCCCCUCUUUCCAUUCCCCGAGUGACACAGCGCUGCUGCACCUAAACCAAACUAACAGGCUUAGUGACAUAAUCGUGUUUCGUGAUCCUAUAUAUAUAUAUAUAUAUACGUGUGUGAGUGUGUGUGUGUGUGUGCGUGAGCUGAGUGGAUGUUGGGGAGGGAGAAUCUUUGACGAAGGGGUCUUCAGUGAAGACUGGCUUAUAUUAGGCGGGGCAGGGCUUGUUGCCCAAAGCAACACAAAUGAAGCCUUUUCAUAUUGCGUACAUUGUUCUACGUGCUGUACAUAUUGUUAGUGUCAUAUGCCAACAUUUAAUACACACACACACACAUAGUGCUUUUCUUUUUCCUCUUUAGACUUGAAACGUGAGGGUUUUCACAACUACUGGUUACUAUGAAAGUGCAAGUUUGAUAAGAAUUGAAGUUUUCUGUUGGAUGUCGUUUUACUCCGAAGCCUUAUGAUUUAACACCUAUCACUGAUUCCCCCUCAUUUUAAACAAUUUGGUUUGUGUUUGGAAUCUUAAAUAAUGGCCUUUUUAUAUUUUUAUACACAAGAUUUCUCAAAACGUUGAUAGCAGACAGCUUAAGUCUUCAACCAGUGCCAGUUUUGAUUUUUUUUUUUUUUUGUCUGCUGGUGUCAUGCAGAGCCAAGCUUCUAACUUAGUUUUUGUGAUUGUGGAUGCAGUUACUGGAAAGAUGUCUGCUUUGGCAUUUGUCAAACAAUGACAGUUUUUUCUUUUUCCUGGAAGGAGUGUUAUGAAGACGACCGUUCUCACAUUUAUAAUAUUUCUUAAUAAAUCAUUUCAAUUUGA